CAAGUUGUCGAAUGUACGCUUCCUGCCUUCUGUCUAAGCAUCUAUCAAGAAGGUAACGACGAAAACGUCUAUUCAGCUCUUUGUGCAAAUAACACCAGCUACCGUACAUCAUGUCAGACGCUACGUGUAGGCAUACCACAUCACGAGGAACUCUCGACGGAUACAUGUUGCUGUAAAACAGAUCUCUGUAAUCUUGCUCCUAAUGUUGUCUCCUACGUGCGCAGCUGUGCCCUUGGUUAUUGCAAGAAACUGAAGGAAAAGGAAGGAGGUGGCACAGCGUGUAAAUGUGUGUCAUGUGCCCGAGGAGGAUAA